AUGAAAUUGGCAAAUUUUGGUCUACCGGCAACUUACUGCCGCACGCAUUUCGUCGAGCUUUCGCCAGAAAACAUUUACACCGGUGGCAAGACGCCCAAAGUUCUGAUGACCGUCUCCAUUUACCAUAUCGCGCGAGACUUCGAUGCCCCACAGGUCGAGGUCUUCUUCUUGAAGGCUCUAGAUGAUAAACUGAGGCCCAUAUUGAACCCCAGGGGGAUCAAGUGGGAGUCUGGGAUAUAUGAGGCGAGACGAGAGUUGUGGAGGGUCAACAGGCUUGUAACCACCGAGACUGGAUAG